UCUUUUGUUUGACAAUCACUCAGGCAGAUUCGAUUUUGCUCGAACCCGAAGCGCUAAACUGUAAAUUGCACCGUUGUUUUCAGCAGACGCAACAACAAUUUAUAUACGGCGCGAUGAGUAAAGGCGAUCUGACCCGCAAGGUGCUCAGCGAUCUGAUCUCCGAGUCCGAGGCGCCGUACACAUCGGACAGCAUCCUUCGCGAGUUUCGUGCCACGGACGAUAAGCGCCUGUCUGUUGAUGAGCUUGUUGACAUACUGACGACCAUAAGCAGAAAACGGCCCAACUGCGACGAGGUAGCCGCCGAGGUCAAGCAGGUCCUGAGGAGCAAGGAUCCCAUGUACGCACUCCUCGUGUUUGUCAAGCGAUACUCCGAAGACGGUCUUUCACCGCGCUCUAGUCUAAAGAACAGCGAGAUGACUACUAUCACCUCGCCCCUGCAGAGCAAAUCCUCUAUCGCAGUAUCCUCGGCUGCUAGGGCAAGCCUGGCGGAGGUGUCGCAUGAUUCGCUGAGCCUUCCCACGUCGACGCCAGUAAUUAAUCGAAAAUCCGCGGACUCUGAUGCUAAUGCCGCCGGUGAACUCUUCGUUGCACGUCCCUUGCCGUUGGGUCGCAGCCAAGGAAAUAGCGAGGAGGACCGAGAGCGCGGCGAUUUGAGCUUGAUGAAGGAGCGCCUGCUGCUUGGCGCAUCAAACAGAUCCUUGAGCACCUUUCGCCCACCCUCCAGCGAAAAGUCACUCAAAAGCAGCAGUCAAAAGACCAUAGUAAAUCCGCUGUCCGCUACGACUCCCACAGGUAUUUCAGAAGAGAGUCGAACACACAGUCUAUGGGACUUUUACAACGUAGACGAGAACACGGCUCCGGACCCGGAGAUUGCAGCGAUGCCGAUUGAAAGCCAGGAGACCGAGAUGCUCACUCAGCUGCUGUAUUGCUUCACGGGUAUUCGGGUGCCGUUCAUCGUGCCCAUACCGCCUGAUCCAUCCGGUGGUCUGGCUAGGUAUAAAACGGAAUUCGCCAUUCACAAUCAUGUAGACCGUUCGCUGGCGGAGCUUAUUAGGCAAAUCAUACCGCUAGCCUCGCACUUCGUGGGCAUCCAAAGGAUGAUCGCUGACAUGGACGGUCAGGGGCAGGUGAUUAAUGCGUUGAACGCUGCACUAUCGGAUAUUAGCCACGACUUUUACCUUCUACUCAUGCAGGCGGAGGAGGAACUGCAAAGGAAUGAGUUGACGAUGCAGAAGCUUGUCUACUACAUGCAGCCAACGGCUUGGGUGAUGGAGGAGAUCUGGACGACGCUGAUUGGCUUGCAGGAGGGUGAGUUGCGGGGAGCCGCUGUGCUAACGCAUCUGCACGGGCGUAUCAAGCGGCUGGAGGGAGAUCGCGAAGCACAAGAAGUAAUUAUUGGGCUGAUGCGCAAGGCGGCCGAGCCGUACAUGCGGAUGCUGCAGCUAUGGAUCCAGAAGGGUGUGAUCGUUGACCGCCAGCAGGAGUUUCUCGUCGAAGAUUAUGAAGGUGUCCAUUGUGACCAGCUGCCGAGGCACUAUUCGGACGGUUAUUGGGAAAAGCGGUAUACCCUGAGGCGCGACCACAUCCCCUCUUUCCUUGAGAAAUACUCUGACAAAAUCCUACGCACCGGCAAGUACUUGAACGUAGUUCGGCAGUGUGGCAAAAGGGUGAUGCCUACCCAGCAGAUGCACCUCGAAUUCGAUCCGACCAGCGAGAAGCACGUAUCCGUUAUAAACGAAGCAUACUACUUUGCCGCCCGCAUGCUACUGGAUGUGCUGCUGGCGGAGAACGAUCUAAUGGGCCACCUGCAGUCGGUUAAGCGCUAUUUGCUUCUUAAUCAGGGUGACUUUACCAUGCAAUUUAUGGACGCCUGCGAGGAUGAGCUGUCCAAGAACGUGGACUUAGUGCUGCCCAUGACACUGGAGAACCUUCUGGGCCUCACGUUGCGCAUCUCAUCCGCCCGCGACGAUCCCUACAAGGACCAUUUACACUGCGAGCUGCUUCCCUACGAUUUGGUCACUCAAAUGUCCAAGAUAAUAGACAAGAAGGAGGAGUACUGGCAGAUGCAGGAUCGUUUGGACCUGACAGGCCUCGAGUGCUUUGCUUUUUCCUACGAGGUGAAGUGGCCUGUGUCGCUGGUGCUUAAUCAUCUCGCCAUCGCUCAGUACCAGAUGCUGUUCCGCCAAUUAUUCUACUGCAAGCACGUGGAGCGUCAGCUUUGCAAGAUUUGGAAGGAGAACUCCAUUGCCAAAAAAUUCUCGCCACAGGCUGCAGAGCUGUACAGGUCGGCAUUUACGCUCCGUCAGCGCAUGAUGAACGCCAUUCAAAAUCUGGAGUAUUACAUGAUGAUCGAAAUUAUUGAGCCCAACUGGCACAUAUUUAUAGAAAAAAUGCAGGCGGUUGAAAACGUUGACAACGUAUUGCAGUUGCAUCAGGACUUUAUCGAUUCGUGCCUCAAGAACUGCAUGCUAUCGGAGUCCUCCCAUCUAAAUCGAGCCAUAUUCAAGUUAUGCAAGAUAUGCCUAAAGUUCUGUGACUUCAUCCAGCGCUCGCAGCGAUUUUUUCUGGACGCCGAGCUCAAGUCGAUGGUAUGUGAUAGCAGCGACGAUAGCUCCGACGAAUCUGAUCCUGAGUGUUUGCACCGGCCACAGCUGGAGACCUCACUGGAUCCAACUGAUACGUUUUCGGAGCGGGUGAAGCGAUUCGAUCUCGAGUUUACCGGAAUACUAAUUUCGUUUUUGAAGAAGAUUAACAUUGUAGCCAAAGAGAACACGGCCGACCGUUUUAUGAAUCUCGUCAACCGCAUCAACUUCAACGGAUUCUACACAGAUCUAAUGGAUAAACUCUGCAUGAAGGAUGCCAUGGGCUAAAGCUGCGCAGACUUUACUCACUCAUAUGAGAGAACAGAAAAUACGGGAACCAAGUAUUAGGUAAUCAAAUUUAACAAUUGUCAUCAUUCCCGCAUGUCUCCACAUUUUGCCAUUACAACAAGCACAUGAAUUGUUUCCAACUUAGCUGUUAAUUCGAUUAUUUAUGUUUUAAUAAAGCUCAUAACAUUUA